AUGAAGCGAGAAGAAGAAGUUUCACGAGGAAGGAAAAAGGGGGGUUGGUUUUCUCUUUUUUUCUUCCUUCUCGAAGUAAAAAACGUCGCCAUUUCAUACGUAAAAGUAUACACUCAUGCUCAGAUACUUAGCGAAGCGAACUUUGCAAAGCAGAGGCGCUUUGGCGUCCUUUUCACACAGAGGCGCGGCGUCCUCUUCCGGACGAGGAGGAGGCAAUACUCGCGGGGCUCUCUUGUGGUGACCGAUUUCGAACACUCAACGGGUUUAUACCGCGCCGAGUUGGAAGGUCUCGCCUCGGGGAAAGACAUUUUCGACCACUACGAUUUCACCCGAGCGCCGAAAGGAACCAAAGAAUCGCCGUGCGUGGUGACGAGCGAGAUGGAAUAUCGAGUGGUUGGCGUGACCGAUCCAGACGACGAUUCGAUCGUCAUCUGGGGACGAUUAGAGGAAGGGAAAGGACCGAUGUUAAUCGGAGACGAAUGGUUCGUGCAUAAACGCGUCGGGGGCGGAGGAGCGCACUAA